AUGUAUCCGGACACCUUUGAAGGCUUCGCUGUCCAUUCGGCUGAUAAGUGGAAUCAACCUAAGAGAUUUGAGGCAAAAAUAAUCGGCGAGGCUGUUCGCGUCGGGCCGAAAGUCACCACGGUCAAGGUCGGAGACCGUGUUGGGGUUGGCGCUCAGAUCUAUGCCUGCCUCGACUGCGCUAUUUGCAAGGAGGGUAAUGAAACCUACUGCAAGCACCAGCUCGACACAUAUGGCGCGACGUACCCCGAUGGCACCCUCUCCCAGGGCGGCUACUCCUCUCAUAUUCGCGCACACGAGCAUUUUACCUUUCAAUUCCAGAUGGCCUCGACACAGAACUCGCGGCGCCCAUGCUCUGUGCUGGUCUAA